AUGUGCUUGCCACCCAAAGCUGAAUGUGUGCUUACAAUUGUGGAGACAGUCACUGAUGCCCCAGUAACUGGAAGUGGAAUACUGAUGAAGGUAACACUGAUGACUGUAACUUUGUUUUUCCCUGAAGUCGAAGGAAUGUAUGCUCAUCCUCGUGACUGCUCCAAAUUUGUAAGUUGUGCUAACUCACAGCCAAGUACAUCAAGUUGUCCACCAAACCUCGUUUUCAAUGCUGCUAAGAAGGUCUGUGACUGGCCUGAGAAUGUGCAGUGUGCUUGCUCACCAGAUGCUGAAUGUGUUCUUACAAUUGUGGAGACAGUCACUGAUGCCCCAGUAACUGGAAGUGGAAAUACUGACGGAGAUAACACUGAUGACUGCAACUUUGCUUGCCCUGAAGUCGAAGGAAUGUAUGCUCAUCCUCGUGACUGCUCCAAAUUUGUAAGUUGUGCUAACUCACAGCCAAGUACCACAAGUUGUCCACCAAACCUCGUUUUCAAUGCUGCUAAGAAGGUCUGUGACUGGUCUGAGAAUGUGCAGUGCACGUCUACAUCUGAUGCUGAAUGUGUUCUUACAAUUGUGGAGACAGUCACUGAUGCCCCAGUAACUGGAAGUGGAAAUACUGAUGAGGGUAACACUGAUGACUGCAACUUUGUUUGCCCUGAAGUCGAAGGAAUGUAUGCACAUCCUCGUGACUGCUCCAAAUUUGUAAGUUGUGCUAACUCACAGCCAAGUACCUUAAGUUGUCCACCAAACCUCGUUUUCAAUGCUGCUAAGAAGGUCUGUGACUGGCCUGAGAAUGUGCAGUGUGCUGCUCACCGAUGCUGA